AUGCCGCGCGCCCCGCUGCUGCUGCUGCUGGUCGCCGCCGCGCGCGCCGCAGACGUGUUCGUCAUCGCCGACUCCGCCAACCAGACGCGCGCCGUCGCCGCGGCCGCGCACGAGGCCAUCGCCGAGGCCGACGAGCUGGCCCUCGCCCCCAACGGCACGCAGGGCGAGCCCGUGCGGCGCAAGAAGCGCACCUUCGGCGACAUCGUGUUCCGCGGCCUGGCCGACGUGCUGGGCUACAACGUGGCGCGCCGGCCGCCGCAGGUGCAGUUCCCGCCGCCGCUGGCGCCCGUGCCCGGCAUCGACGCGCCGCUGCAAGCCGCGCCUCGCCAAGACGCGCCGCUGCAGAUACCCUUCGCCUUCGUGCCGCUGCUGCCCGUGCCGCAAGCCGCGCCACCCGCACCCGCGCCCUGCGGCCGCGCCGCCGCGCCGCAGCCCUGCCAGGCACCCCCUCCCCCGCCGCCGCCCAAACCCAAGGCGGCCCCUCCCCCUUGUCCGAAGCCCAGAGCGGCCCCGAAACCCAAGCCAAAACCGCGCCCGAAGCCCAAGCCGAAACCCCAGCCGCCUGCGCCGUGCGGCAGCGGUCGUGCCAACCCCACCACCGCGGCGCCAUGCGGUCCCGCUCCGCCCAAAGCGGACUCGAAUCUGGAGACGAUCUCAUCCAAUUUCCGCUUAGACUUCAAUUUUAAUAGAAACCCGGCCGCCGCGCCGCCCGACGCCGAGCCCGCGCCCGAGCAGUCGGCCGCGCAGCAGGAGGACCCGCAGCAGCAAGAGGCUCCCGCCGCCGCCGCGGUCGCCAUCCGGCCGCAGGCGGCGCAGUUGCCCCCCGAGCCGCCGCGCAACCCGCGAGUCUACUUGGACGCCUACGUGGUGCAAAACGGAGUCACUCAAAAGAUCCAAACCAUCGAUGCCAAAAACGUCGUCCAGCAUCGACCCGACAACGACUACCUGGUGUACGACGAGCCGGCCGAGCAGCCGGAGCGGCGCCAGGAGCUGGAGCGGGCCCCGGCGCAGGACGACGACUACGACUACGUUCAAGACUCCAGCGAACGCAGCAAGACUAUGCGGGAGUUCGGCACCGCCGUCGAUCAGUUCUGGAACCAGAAGAAAAAUAAAAAGAAAAAAGAACCGGCGUUUAACGACUACCGCUCCGUACACUUCGGAGAUCGAGAUCUCGCUAAUGAGCUGCGCGACCGAAGUGACCAGAGCGGCCAAAACUACGUAACUCACGAGGCCCUGACGCAGGGACCGGCGUCCGACGCACAGUCUCAACCCCGGCCGGCACUCGAGGAGGAAGAAGAGGGGACGACCAGCACGCAGAACCCCCGACGACAACUAAAACCACGCGUGUUGCCACCCAGCGAGAAGAAUCCCAAUCUGAUAGACACGAUAACGGUCCGAGUGCCUCCCAUUUACAAAGAGAAACGACCGAGAAAGUUACACCGCGAACGACCACAGCAGACGGAGGCGCCGGAGCGGUCCGAUCACGAGGAGGAGAGCUACAAUCACGCUUCCGACGCCGAAUCGGAAAACAGUGAACAAACUUAUCAGACGGAACAACCAAAGCGUAAGCGGCGACGCAAAAAUAAACGGAGGAUCCGGUCGGUACACAAACAGCAAUACACAGCGGGGGACUUCGAUUACUACGGCAAAAGAAUUCCCAUCUCCGAGGAGGAGGAGUAUUUCCGCGGGCUGACCAUUCCGCCACCGACCGUGGACGCUGACCUGGCUCGCUUGGAGCAGGCGCAGGCCGGGGACGGACACUUCCUGGACGACCAUGAGAGGAUCCGCGAGGACCCGGAGCGGAUAAAGAGCAAAACGAAGGCUGGCGGCAAGAAACACUCCGAGGACAAGGACGGAGCGGACGAGUCGGAGAGAGCUGACGACUCCGAGAGAGUGAGCGAAGCGGAGCCGCUGGAUGAGAACGAGCGCGCCGCCGACGCCGAACGCUCGGGGGAGAAGGAGCGCGCCGACGAGACCGAGCGCAGCGACCGGCUCGGGCCCAACGCGCGCGUGCGAGAGACCCGCUUCAAGAACAACUUCGUGCGCGCGCACACCGUGCAGGUGGCCGACAAGCAGCCGCUCGUGCGCGCCGUGCGCAGGAAGACGCCCAAGCAAGCCUGA